AUGAGGCGCAGCAGAUUUCGUCGCCAUCUAUACGUCAGCUUCUUUCCGCUCAGUGUUGUUGUUCUAAUAAUGUCAUUUUCUCAACGGUCACACUUUCUUUUAGAUUACGGAAUUAUCAUAUCCAAUAGACGUGCGCUGCUAUUUCGAUAUUUCCACAAGAGCUGGCGUAAAGUGAAAGCAGAUCUGUUGUCAGCUUGGAAAUUGAGAUGCAGAAGAAUUGCGAAGAAACUGGCAAAGUGUCUGAAAGACGAGAGUUGUGGAGAACGACAACGGCGUAAGAGUCAGGCGAAACUGCAACCCCUUCCCGACCGCCCGAUUCGACGAGUUGCAUCGAAACUCACCCGCAAGCCGGCCAACAAUAUCGAAAAGCUCAAAAGAAAAGGUGACAACUGGACGGCUUACGAUUUAUUUCAAUUUCAAGACAGUGAUCCUGAAGAGGGAACAUCAGAAGAACGCCGAGAGCUUUGUUACGCUUGGCUGGAUCGUCUGCACGUCAUCGUUAAGAAGUACUGCUAUCUGGCCUGGUAUGAGGCCGCAAUUUACGCAUGCUAUUACCGACUAGCACCACUUAUCACGGAUGUUGAGCAAAAACGAAAGAUUUGGACGGACGUGAAGAGGGAAUAUGCAGAAAUCUUUCUCAUGGGACGACGAAUUUGGCGGCGACCGAGCCAUCCAACCCGUCUUCGGGUACUCUGUGACAUGGCGAUGCUUUGUAUACGAUUUGGGGAAAUCGAGGUAAGCUAG